AUGACGGUUCGUCACCUUUUCGUGAUCGCUCAAUGGUCAACUAAUAGUCCACCCCACCAGCUUCCAGCUGCUACGAUCUUGACAUUGUCCAGUCAAAAGAUCGAAGAGCAAGUGGUAGCUGCCGAGACGGAGUGUGCUCAAGAGACGCCCUCGAGCUCCAAAAACGUGGACAAACGCGUGCCUAAGGACGCAGAAGACGACAGCAGUAACGCUGAGAGCGACGAAGAAAGUGCCGAUGCUGAGGGUGACGGACAGAACGACUCGGUAGGGGGGACUGAGGAUGAUGCAGGGGACAAGGAGAAGAACACGGAUGAAGAAGAGGAGGAGGAGGAGGAGGGAGAUGAUGAUGAAGAUGGCGACGAUGAUGAUGACGAUGAUGAUGGUGGGGAUCAGGAGGAGGAAGUGGGACUGUCGUACUUGUACACGGACUUUGAGGACGAUGAAAAGGAUGGGGACUUCAAGGCGGACACGGCAGCUCGUGAGGAUGACGACGACGACGAUGACGAAGAAGCUGGAGACGAAGAAGAUGAGGAGGACGAGGACACUGGCGUGUCAGCGGAAGACGAUGGUGAUGACGAGGAAGAGCAGGCCGUUGCAGCACACGAUGACGAGAAUGGCGAUGGGGAAGAAAAUGAGAGUGGCGAAAGCGAUGACGUGGCUGGAGACGAAGAGGAGGGCGUUCCGCCAGCCAAAAAGCAAAAGACCUGA